AUGGCCGAAGUAAUCGGUGUCGUUUCCGGAGCGUUAACUUUCGCUACUGUCGUUGCUCAGGCCACGAAGUCGAUUUUCCAGAUCAGAGACUGCUGGAGCCAAAUACGAGAUGCACCUGAGGACCUACAGCGACUGGUUCGGGAAGUUGAGAUCUUUGGCCUCAUCCUGACGGAUAUUGAGGAGGAUUUGUCGAAAGACGAGGUCGCUGGUGUUUUAAAGAAUAGCAAUCAUGCCUUACAAAGUCUGGAACUUUGCAAAGAAGCUGCUGUUGAUUUAGAGACUGUUUCUGAUAGUCUGAUCAAGGAGAUUCGGCCGAUAAGUGGGCUCACAAGGACAUAUGCCUCAUUGAAGGUGGUGAUCAAGAAGGGCAGUAUCGAGAAAUAUCGGACCAGGCUGGGGAACGCAAGCCGGUUACUUUCUCUUUCUCAACAAUGCUAUACAAGGGCUGACACUACUAGGGCAUUGAUUCAAGUGCAGCCUGAAUUGAUUGCGACGAGGAUCUUGAGUGGAAAACAUGACGCUGACUUGCAGAUGUUUCAAAAUGAGAAUGAAGCUGGAUGUGAUACGGACAUUCACACGCAAUCCUCACAUAGGAAAAUUACUCGACGUCCACAUAAGAACAAUUAUUUAUGGAGGCUUGCGCUGCCAUCCUGGUUGACUUCAAAGUGCUUAGAAGUCACAGGUGCAAGGACUCCCAAUAGCUGGCGAUGGAACUUUCAAGCCUACAACAUAAUUUUUCAUUCUUCCAUUGUUCACCAGUGUGUGAGGUCAAAUGACGUUCAAGGCCUUCAGCGCCUCUUCUCGUCCGGGGAAGCUUCACCUUUUGACCGCGGUCCAGGUGAGUAUGGGCAGACAUUGCUUGACAUUGCUUUAUAUCUGUCUCACCUCGAGGUGGUCGCACUCCUUCUCGAACAAGGCGCAGAACUGAACCUUUUCGACUAUCAAAAGGGCGAAUCAAGACUACUAUCCUUAGUUUUCUUUUUUGUAAGUACCAUUAAAAGGAUUCCGCUCCUUCCUGUUUUAUCUUUCGUUCUCAAAUACCAGAAUGAAACAUUUGAAGACGAGGGAUACAUGAUAUUGAAGUCUCUAUAUCAUUUCCGUGGCUCUGCGAAGGAAUUUCUUUUCGUGCUCGAAAGGUUCUUACCAUCAUUCUACGAACUUCCUCAAGUGAAGCGAAACGAACUUGCCCUAUACUACUUGAACCAUUCGAACUCUGAGAAUUGGUUGCUCCAGCGUAGCCGGCACGACUUGAUUCCUCAAGUGAAGCGAAACAAACUUGUCCUACACUACUUGAACCACCCGGGACGUGGUGGUUGGUUGCUCAAUAGUACCCGGCGCAACUUGUUUCCAUUUUCUAAGUACUACGUGAUUUCCCGGGGCGCCUCGUGGAACGUGACAUGUGCAUACUUGGAGCUUCCUGAGCUAUUGCGCAUCAUUUUUCGUGGGAUUGUAUUCACCACAUGCCCCCCGGAAUUUGAACUGUACUCUGACUUCCUAGCAAGUUAUGGAAUUCUUAAUCUGCCGAAUCGGAUUUCUAGAAAGCUUGGAGAAUUACAAGUCUAUCGAGAUGGAGUUGAGGACGAGACACAUUAUAAGCCCAUGUUCCGGCUUUUUCAUGAUUUCCUGGUCGGUGGCCUUGAUGUCAAUCAAGUUGAUGAUGAUGGAUCUACGUUGCUUACUGCCUUUUGCGAUGGAAUUUUCUUUUGGGGUUAUACAACCAAGGCUAUUGCCAGACGCAAUUCGAGCCUGAGAUAUUGGUUGCAAGACCUUCAAGAUAGCGGAGUGGACUUGGAGAACUUUGGAAAAAAACAGCAGAUAUUGUUCAAGGCGUUAGGCGGACCAAUCAAAUUGGGCUGUCCAGCUAACUCUGCUGCCACUCACUCGUCUUAUCAAAAGGUUAGUGCUUACGUGCGGGUGAUAGGAUUCUCACAUGGUCCUUCCCCAGAGAACUGGGCUUUAUGGGUCACUGAAAAUUCUGAUUCUUUUGCUGGGGAAUUUUGGCAUAUGAUUGAGCGGCGGAUAGAGAUGCCAGGAGGGUGGUCCUCUGAUGUACACUUGUUUUUGUGA